UCCCUUCGUCCUCUCCACCACCAUUUCCUCAUUCCUCAUUCCUGCAUCCCAGAUCGCCCUUCUCCUCCAAUCAUAAUCCACAUCUCUUACUCUUUCGGGCCAUCUCGUGUACUUCGAGAUAGCAUCGAUCACCAACGACUCUCGACCAGAACCAACACAGAUCAAGCGAGAUAACUGCCGCACACCCCACGUCUACCACCGGAAGCUCAUGCUCGAUCUCAGUCACCGUCGACUCAUCCCUUGACGCUCCAAGCGUACAAGAUCACCGCCGGUCUGAGUCACGUGUGCUAUUAAAUAUGCUCCUCGCGAGAGUCCGCUGUCACCACGAUCCAGCUCACUCCUCUUGAUCAAACCGUCUCCUCGUCCUUGGAACGACGGUUUUACGAUGCCGCCUAAGCCCCCCCCACCCAAGCCUAGGCCAGGCCAACACCGCCGGCCCAACUAUCGUGGCCGCAUCGAAGGCCUAGGCAGUCCAGCACCCAGUUCUCUUCGGGCCUCAACCCCUACACUCGUACGAGCACCCACGCCAGUCAGCCAGCCUCCGGCUCGCUCAAAGCCUCUGUGUCCCAACCCCGACUGUCCCGAUCGCACCAAGGUCGUCUACAGUGACCAAGGGCUCAUCUGCGAGAGCUGUGGUGCCCUGGUACAAGAAGAGUCCGGCCUUGUCAGCGAACAGGGAUUCGGCGAGACCGAGUCUGGCCGCAUCACCGCCCUUGGUGUUCAGGUCGGUGAAAACCAGUCUCACCAGAGGACCUUUCAUGGCGGGGGUUUCGCGAAUGUUGGCCGUGAGGCUCCACCGAAUCGCGAACGCUCAAAAGCCCAAGCGAAGAACGUCAUGGCCUCGUACAUCGCUCUCCUUGGUAUCCGACAAGCCGAGGUCGAAUCGGCCGAGAGGCUCUUUGAAGUCGCAAACAGCCUUAGCUUUAUCCAGGGGAGAACCAUUGAGAGUGUCGCUGUCGCCUGUCUCUAUGCCGCUUGUCGACGCAAAACCGAGCAGGUCGAGGGGCAACCCAGACCCAUGUACAGCCUCAUGUUGAUUGAUUUCGCCGAGAAGAUGAACAUGGAUGUUUUCGCCCUGGGCAGGGUGUAUCAGGACCUGGUCAAGAGAGUAUUCAUCCAAAGGGGUGGGGGCUUUCGUUUGGAUGGCUCUGCAGAAUUCUGGGGUAUGGAUCCGGCGACGCUUGUACCCCGGUUUGUCGACGAGCUGGAUUUCGACAAGCACGACCGGGACAAGAUCAAACGUGAUGCUAUCAACAUCGUCAAGCGGAUGAAGCGUGACUGGAUUGGCCAUGGCCGUAGACCUUCGGGUGUCUGCGGUGCGGCGGUCAUUCUGGCAGCGCGAAUGAACAACUACCGUCGCACCACGCGCGAGGUCGUGCUCACGGCAAAAGUCACCGAAAUCACCAUCAACAAACGACUCGAGGAAUUCCACGACACGCAGGCCAGUAAACUCUCCGUCACAAAAUUCAGGAGCGAAGGGAUCCCGGAAUUAAACACCCCGCAUCCGCUCGACGAGCAGCAUCCGCCCGUCAUCAAACAAGCCCUAAAUCCCAAAGCGAAAAACAAGAAGAGAGGCCGGCCCAGAAAGGCUCCUCUUCCGGAGACCGCCGCUGAAAUCGAAGGCGAUGCGACAAGCCCCGAACCCCAGGCUACACAGCAAUCAGACGAAGGACAGCCACCGCCGGCAAAGCGUGUUCGUAUUGACGCAGAAGGCUACAAGAUCCCAGAGAUCCCGGCUCGUCGUGCCGUCAUUGAUCCAUCCCUAACUAAUGACACACCUGUUGAAUCACAACGCGAACAAGCGGGUUCACCGCCAGGGGAAACACCUUCCUCAACACAGAGAGACGAGACACAAGAGGACUCGGGCUCCUCUCAGCCUCGACAACGAAGACACAAGUCUGCGCACUGGAAAGCGCCGCCUGCGUCGGCCGCUGAGAUAGCGAUUGAAACCGAAAUCGAAGAGGGCAUUGCAGAAGCACUACGCGACAACCCGGAGCUCGACCCAAAUUACGAACCUUCUCCGACAGGGCAAGGACAAGCGCAACCGCCCAAUGGCGACCAGACUUCCGAACCGGGAGGACAACCAGGACAAGAACCAACCACUAUCGAUCUCACGAUCGAUCCAACUCAGACCGUGCCCCCGCACCCGAAAGACAAGCGACCUGGACCACCCUGUAACACGAACAUCGGUAACCUUGGCACUGUCUCCCUUUCCCCGACUCUCAAAGCCGCAGAGUUUGACUCCGACGAAGACGUCUCUACGUGUCUCUUGUCUGAGCAGGAAACCCGCGUGAAAGAAAGAGUGUGGGUGAGCAUGAAUGCCGACUGGCUGCGGCAGGAUCAUGCCAAGAAGAUCAAGAAAGAGUUGAAGGAGGCGGACAUGAGGGCGAGGGGCUUGGACCCGGAGCAGGAGGAGAGGAGGAAGAAAAUGGAGCGGAUGAGGAGAAAGGACGGCACGAGGAGACCGGGCCGUCGGGGAGACGUCAGCUAUUUGCGGGAGCAGCGAGAAGGGAGACGAAGAGGGAAAAACCAGGAAGGUGAGGGGGGAAACGAGGGGGCCGAUGUGGAGGGGGGUGCAGAGGCCGAGAAUGAAGGGGACGAAGAAGGAGAAGGCGGCGAAGACCAAGACAACACCACCGUCGGCGGGAGAGAACGCAGCGCCGCGAAAUCCAUGAGGCUGAUGCUCAUGAACCGCCGGACGUUUUCACGGCGGAUCAACUACGACGCCCUCGAAGCCAUCUACGGCAUGUCGUCGACGACCAGCGAGGACAGCGAGUCACGCAGCGUGACCGGCGAGGCUCGCAGCCGCAGCCAGAGCGUCGCCGCGCAGAGCGACACCACCGCGACUCCAGGACCCGGCGGCGGCGAGCGGGACCGGCGCGAAGGAAGCAGGGAAAGCAGCGUCGCGAGCACGGCCGCCUCGAUUGGACCGUCGGCAAUCUUCCGCGGCAACGUCGGCAGGGAGAGAAAAGCCUCGAUCCUUGCCGCGGAGAGGAGGGAAAAGAAGAGGCGCGAGAGAAAGGACCUGGAGCGCGCCGGGAAAUCUGCGACCACUGCUGCUGCUCGCGGAGCCAGUCGAGCGAACGAUGGCGAGGCGAGCAGGUCGGGGUCACGGAGUCGCAGUGCGAGCACGCCUGUUUCCGAGGGCGAGGGCGAGGGGGAAGGAGAAGGUGAUGACAGGAGAGAUCGCGCCGCGAGCGGACCGAGUCCUGAACCCGGACCCCGACACGAGCAACAACAACAGCUCCCCUCUCCCCCGAGAACACAAUCCCACCAGAUCCCUGGGAUAAAGACCUCGACUCUUCCCCCGUCCUCGGCGCCGCAAGCCCAAGGUCCAGGCAGAAUCGCUGCGUUGACCACGGCAGGACGGCCCGCGGCUGGAAGAGGCGGCAAUACCGCCGAGCCGGACGACGACAGCCAUGCCGACGCCGACGACGCCGACGACAACGACGAGGAAGCAGAAGAGGAGGAGGAAGAGGACGAAGAAGCAAGUUCCGACUCGGACGACGGCUCGGACGAGGAUGAUGACGACGACGCCGACAAGGGGAAUCGCGAGGCCGACGAAGAUGUCGACGCCGCUUUCGAGGGCCGCUACGCCGGCCGAUAGGGAUCGCUCGAUCACGCAAUCACUCCAUCACUCCAUCACGCAACCCUCGAUUGAACGUUCGCCCAGUCCAGGCGGCUGGCGGGGUUCAUGUGUGUUGCAGCCCAGAGAAGGGCGAACGGGGAUGGUCCAUGUCGUACCUCAAGAAGAUAGACACCUACUGGAAAGCAAGCGUGGAGGUGACUGGAAACCCACGUACUUUGGACAUACGGUAUGAAGAUUAUGUAACCCUAGCG